GUUUUCAGGAAGCACUAGAAAGGGGCAGUUGAGUCAACAUUUGUUGUUGUUGUAACUUACGCUGCGCCCACUCCCUGUCUCACAGUCUGGUCCGCGGACCAGCGGCGUGUUUGUCUCGGUGUAGGCUGAAGUCUCUUCACCGGCGGAUGAAUGGCAAUGACUGCAGUGAGAGCGGUGGCAGCAGCGGGGGGCCCGGCGUCUUUGUCCCGGUUUAGGGGAGCGCUGGUCGCGGCUGUGCUCGGUGACUGUGUCGGCGGAGAGUUUGAAGGAGCGGAGGAGGUUCCCAUGGAGAGUGUGCUGCAGCACCUGAACAGCCUGGACGAUGAGACUAAAGGAAACGGCAUUCUUGAAUAUAGUGAUGACACGGCAAUGGCUCGUUGUGUGGUCCAGUCCCUACUCACCCGUACCGGUUUUGAUGAGCAGGACAUGGCCCGCAGGUUUGCUAAGGAGUACAGUGCAUCUCCUGGUCGUGGUUAUGGUUCUGGGGUGAUCCAAGUGCUGAAGAAGCUGUCCUCCCCCCAACUCAGUGAUGUGUACCAGCCAGCCAGGGACCAGUUUAAUGGUCGGGGCUCCUUUGGGAAUGGGGGGGCCAUGAGGGCGGCUCCCUUUGCACUGGCUUUCCCUGACCUGGAUGAUGUUAAAAGGUUUGCUCGCCUGGGCGCCAUGCUGACCCACUCCUGCUCUCUGGGUUAUAACGGAGCAGUGCUGCAGGCGUUGGCUGUGCACCUCUCCCUGCAGGGGGCGCUAGACUUACCUCAGCAGUUCAUUAGCAGGCUAAUCACAGAGAUGGAGGAAGUGGAGGACGAUGAGGCGACACGCAGCGAUGCCAGAAUCCUGAAGGAAGCAGACAAGCCAUUCUGUGAGCGCCUCCACAGAGUUAGAGACCUGAUGGACAGGAGCAAGGUCAGCAUAGAGGAGGUCAUCUCUGAACUGGGUAAUGGCAUAGCUGCACUCCACUCAGUCCCCACGGCCAUCUUCUGUGUCCUCCACUGCCUGCAGCCCCGGGAAUGCCUUCCGGAGAACUAUGGCGGCCUGGAGAGGACAAUAGCGUACAGCCUGGCCCUGGGAGGGGACACGGACACCAUCGCCUGCAUGGCCGGGGCCAUCGCCGGGGCUCACUACGGCAUUGAGGCCAUUCCACAGUCCUGGAUGAAGUGCUGUGAGGGGGCAGAGGACGCGCACAUGAACGCGGAGCGGCUUCACAUGCUGUACCACCAGUCGUCACAGGGGGGCGGGAGUGGGACAGGGGAGAAGAGCUGUGCAAACGGUACAGAGAAGAAAACUGAAGCAGAGUAAUGCUUCAAAUGGAUUUUGACAAAAGGACCCUCACACACAGAAACAGAUUAAACAUACACGAGAGACACUUUGUCAUUUUCCAUUUCAGACUUUUUUUGUCUGCAGAUGCAAACACUUUACAUUAUACCCAAUCCCCCUGUCCUUCCUUUUCCUGUUUUGUGUUGAACAAUCUUUUGUCAUGUGAAAUUGCACUAUGAAUUGGCCAUGUGUUGUUAUCCUUUAUCCUUUUGGUGGAUAACAAUUAUUUAAUAAACUUUUUUUUUUUAAAUUCACACAAUUUGUAUGAGUGUCUUUGUAUUUAAGACUCACAGGGAGCAUUUGUUUCAGGAAGGUCAUCUCCAUCAAGAUAUUAUUAUUAUUAUUUAUCUUGUAGCCCAGUGUCCACUCACAGUGGAUUAAGACAAUAACAAAAUAUACUGCACAUAAAGUGAGUGAUGCACAGGGCUGAAAAUUGCAGAAAAAUGGAGGACAGCCAGUUUUGGAAAACAAGACUAAUAAUCUGCAGCCAUGCUCGGGGCUGUGAGGCUGUACUAACGAACAGCAGUACUGUGAGCUAAUUGCUAACAUCAGCAUAGUAACAUGCUCACCUGCUGAUGUUUAGCAGCUGUAAUGUUAAUUUGUUUACCAUCUUAGCUUAGCAUAUUAGCAAUAACCACAAAGUACAGCAAUGGCUGAUGAGAACGCUGUUAACUUUGCAGGUUUUAAGACAUAAAAUCACAUGAUAAAACAUUGGACAGAAACAGUUUGACUUGAUGAAGCAAUGAAUUGUUAAAGGAUCACCAAUGUUUUUACAGUUCAUCCUCAGGGGGACAGGAAUGUGUGUACCAGACUUUAUUGCAAACCAUCCAAUAAAAGAAAUGUCAGUCUGCUGGUGGUGCAGGGGGAAAAGUCAGUGGAUCACCUCCAUUCAUCCUCUGGGGAGCAGGGAUGUCUGUACAACUUGCAUGGCAAUCCAUCCUUGAAAUAUCUCAGACUGGACCAAAGUGGUGACUCAACAUACCAACACUGUGGAGUCAUUCCACCAGCAUGUCUAAAAAAUACAAACCUUGUUUUCUUUUCAUGCACUGUCUCUGAAGCACAGCUGAUAAUGUAUAACUUUAUUGAAAUCACAAGUCACAUCUUGUUCUUUAAAACUGUAACACAUGAUAUUUAAAACAGUAACUGUUUAACUGUUUCUUUUUCAUUUGAUGCUCUGUGAUGAAUGUUUUUCUGCUGCUUUUUCUGCUAAAAGAUGCAGCAAUUACCUUGUGGUGCUUUUUCUCAGUUUGGCGUCAUUAUAAGUGUUUAGAGAACAGUAGAAACUCUGUUCAGAGUUUGCAUCUUGUACAAGAACACAGGAAGUCAUUAAUACAGCUUCUCGCUCACUCCCAAAUUAAUGUAUCAUCAUUCAAGAAAAAUCUUGAUACUCAAUUGGACAUUUUCUGUACAGACCUGGGUGUUUUCUUGUAAAUAAAAUCUGUUCAAGAUUCA